UUUUUUUCGAUUUAAGUUGUUGGAAAGUAAUGAAUAUCUAAAUCCCGGAACUAAUCCCGGCUCGCGCCAUGACAUCCCGAAAAUCCCGGGAUUGUAAAAAGCGAAAAAAUUAACAUCCCUAGAAACUAUGGAAUGGAAAAAAACGCGUUGUCAAAAUCAGCUGAUUCUCAAGGAAGCGCGAAUUUAAGUGAUGUGAAUCGUGAUGCAUUGUACAUUACUAAUAUUUGUAUACAUAUAAGUAUUUUCUUGUAGAAAAAUGCCUAUUGUAAUAAAAACACCCUCACCAACUGGCCUCGAAGAAUAUGCAAUCGUAGAGCUUCAGGGUGAUCUCGAAAUACGAUCCGGCGAGAAUAUACACGAUCUCUUCAUAGGCGAUUUAUAUUACAAUAAAUACGGCCAGCCAAUACUUAUAAUUGGUCAUCAUAUACUACAAGGACGUGAGCAAAAGUUAGAAAAACCAUUUGCAGUUCUCGAGAAAACUAAAAGCAAUGAAGGACGGAUGUUAUUACGCGAAACGAGUAUAACA